GGGUUCUGUGAUUGUGCACUGGAUAAUGGCCUACUUACUGAAAAAAUAUAGCAAGGAUUCUGAAACAAAGAAAAUCACUGCAUUCGCUUCGGUGCAUCAUCGAUAGAUGUCGCUGCGGUAUUAUUGGAAGCGGUCCGGCUUUGUCGCGCAGUUUGCUCUUGCUGCAAACUCUCCUGUUUCAUGCUGGUUUCAGGUGAUGCUGUUUGAUCCCUUCCAGUCUCCGUACAUUUCUGUGUUAUGACGUCAUCUAGUCGGACGGGACCUAGAAACUUUACUUGCUUGGAACCUGGAUGAAAUUUUGUUUCCUACUCAAUUUCCAGUCGGAUUUCCUCUGUGAGUCUUACACAUGGAUCAGAAAUGGAGCAUCGCCGAUGUGCAGCGUGUUGAACUUCAGACUUUUCUGGACCAGCAUGUGAGCUUGAACAAAUAUAAUUAAAUCAGAUAGAAGAGGACAUGGACGAACGAGAAGAUGUGACGGAGCGCGCGUGCACAGGCUGUGGCGGGAGGAUUCAGGACGCGUUUCAUGUGAAGGUUCUUCAAGACGCCUGGCACAACUCAUGCUUUCAGUGUUCUGUUUGCUUUGAUCUCCUGACAAACUGGUACUUUGAGAAAGAGGGGAGGCUGUACUGUCACAAACACUACUGCGAGAAGUUUGGGGAAUUGUGCCAUGGCUGCUCGCUGCUUAUGACUGGACCUGCUAUGGUGGCAGGGGACUAUAAAUACCAUCCCGAAUGCUUCGUGUGUUUAAGCUGCAGAGUGGUGAUUGAGGAUCAGGAUUCCUAUGCCUUAGUGGAACGUACUAAACUCUACUGUGGUAAAUGCUACAAGCAGGUGUUCCUAACACCAAUGCUGGAGAAGCGGGGUUUGGUUGACUCUCCAACGGACCUGCUCCCUCACACAGUGACUCUGGUGUCCAUGCCUGCUGCCACCAAUGGCAAAAGAGGUUUCUCUGUCAGUGUGAUUAGAGACUGCACCAGUGCCACGGCCAGUGUUCAAGUCAAAGAGGUCAGAGGGAUGCAUAUUAGUCCAGAGGUUCGGAACGCCAUCCAUGUUGGGGACCGAAUUCUGGAGAUCAAUGGACUCCCGGUGUCAGCUCUGAUGGAGGAGGAGGUGGAGGACUUGAUCCAUCGGACCAGUCAGACACUGCAGCUGUUGAUGGAAUAUGAUCCAGUCAGACAGCGUCUGGACCGACUCCGCCUGGGCUCCCGCAAUCAACUGGGUGUUCCCGCAGCUUCCCGUAUGCGUAUGUCCUCCUCAGCAGAUGCUGAGAUCGAACGAAGUGUCACAGUGGGCAAUGGGACGUUAAAAAGGAGGUCCCUCAGACGUAGCAACAGCACCUGCAAGUCUCCAGUGUCUUCAUCUCCAAAGGACCCUCCGAUUCUAACUCGAGAUAUCGGGCGCUCUGAAUCCCUACGUUCUACUUCCAGUUGCUCCCACCGUAUAUUCCGUCCCUGUGACCUCAUCCAUGGAGAAAUCCUAGGAAAAGGCUUCUUUGGACAGGCCAUCAAGGUGACCCAUAAAGCCACAGGUGAGGUGAUGGUGAUGAAGGAGUUGAUCCGCUGUGAUGAGGAGACACAGAAAACAUUCCUAAAGGAGGUAAAAGUGAUGAGAAGUCUUGAUCACCCACACGUUUUGAAGUUCAUUGGGGUUUUGUACAAGGACAAGCGGCUUAAUCUGAUAACGGAGUUCAUUGAGGGAGGCACUUUAAAGGAUUUUAUCCGAGAUACGGACUCAUUCUCAUGGGAACAGAGAGUUAGUUUUGCAAAAAGCAUUGCAUCUGGAAUGGCAUAUCUGCAUUCAAUGAGCAUCAUACAUCGAGAUCUCAACUCUCACAACUGCCUGGUCAAACUGGACAACACUGUCGUUGUGGCAGACUUUGGUCUGUCUCGUCUAAUCAUGGAGGACAAGGUCAAACAGCCAACCCCUGACAAACCAGCCAAUAAAAAAAGACUGUUCAGACGCAUUGACCGUAAGAAACGCUACACGGUGGUGGGGAACCCAUACUGGAUGGCUCCAGAAAUGCUUAAUGGUAAACGCUACGAUGAGAAGGUGGAUAUUUUCUCCUUUGGCAUUGUGCUUUGUGAGAUUAUUGGUCAGGUUUAUGCAGAUCCCGAGUGUCUCCCGAGAACGCUGGAUUUCGGGCUCAAUGUGAGAAAAUUCAUUGAGAAAUUUCUUCCUGAGCACUGUCCUCCGGCUUUCUUCGCAUUGGCUGUGGCUUGUUGUGAUCUCACCCCUGACAACAGGCCUGCUUUUCAGAAGUUGGAGGACUGUUUUGAGGCAUUGACUCUGAAUCAGGAGUUGAAUAUCCCACUGCCUGCAGAACUGGAUGAUCUUCAGCAGAAGUUUUGGAGGACUUAUGGACCCAGUGAAAUUGCGUCUGAAAACCAGGAAAACAUCAUAAACUAAUCCAACAGCAGCACAGGCUGAGAUAUGGGCUGGAAUCCUUUUUAUAUUCUGGAUUAGUUUACAGAACUGAAUCGGAGCAUUUACCUUGGGUUUGCAUACGGGGAACAUGCUGUUGCUGGCGUUCUUUGGUGAGAUCUGUCAUGACACUCAGAAAACGUCUAGAACUGCGAAGUGUUCUUGGCAGACGUCUGUUGAAGAAACAGGUACUAUUUCAGUGACCCUGAACGUCUUUCUGACAUUUUAUUUCCUUCUAAUUCCAAUGGUUUAGUUAUGAUUUAACCAUGCAUCACAAAACCUUUAAGAGUGCCUACCACUAAUUAAGUUAUAGAUUUGCCUAAUGAAGUUUCAAGUGUCAGAUUUAUGUAAAUGAAUUGUGUAGCAUCCAUUAUACUGAUCAAUGAGUAUUUUUCAAUCACAACGAAAGUGUGUUCGUCAUUAAACCUUUCAAGAACAUGUCUGGGUCAUAUAGUUCCCCCCAUAACAAAAUGUUGUGAGGAAUUUGAGACCAUUAAGAUUUGACUUUUAGGAUCGUUAUGUUCACCCCCCUCCCAGAUUCUCAGUAAUGAUAUUUAAAGUUUUAUUGUUAAUGCUGAUUUAAAUAAUAAAAACACCAUUGAGGAUAUUGGGAAUUAUAGUGCUUAGUUGUCAUGGAAAUUUAUUUUAAAAAAUAGGAUCAAAUGUGACCUUGACAUGUUUUCAGGUGUUUAACCUCUUUAUUUCAAAUAAUAAAAGAUAUGGAAGGUUCUUUUGACUCACCAUGUUGAAACUCUAUUGUUGAACCACACUGCCCCCUGCAGGUAGUAGUGCUUAAGUGCACUCAAUCCCUUUACCACUAGCACUUGAGGUCCUGACCUCUGCAACUUUACAAUCCAAAGACAGAGAGUGAUAAAACUCUUAUGAAAGGAAGUAAUAAUGUUUCUGAGAUCAGAUUUGAUUUCCUAUGUGUGGUUUCUUGGAAAUGCUUCUUACAUUAUUCUUGGUACAUCAGCAAUUUGAAAACUGGAGUUUAUUUUACUGUUAUGGACUCACCUUGUAAAUAUAACAUGACAGGGUAAGGAUCUUUUUUUUUCUCCGUAUCUAAACCUGUUCUGGAGUUGUAUUCUCCAAGUGAAAUGAUAAGUGAGAUCGUAAUGCUGGAUAUUGACCAGCUGUGUCUGUACUGAAACAGGCUGUUAUCGAAAUGUCUGCAACACAGAAUUGAACGAGUGACGUUUUGUGAGGACGUUUGAAAAUGAUUGUCAUCCAUUCUUGGAUAACAAAUAACGUUUAAAUUAACUGGAUAUAUAUUGUUCAUGUUUGUAUAGAUUUGAUCUCAUGUGUUGGGAUAAUGUGGAUUUGUAGUUUGCAUAUGUUUAUAGAAUGUGAAAAGCUGUAAAAGAGCAUUUUUUUUCUAAUCUUCUCUGUCAAAGGUACUGACACGUACAAAAUUAUAACCACUACUUGUACGCCACAGAAUUUCUCACACUAAUGUUUCAUGAAUAAAGAUGAGUACGUAUUGGCUUCA